AUGAGUCAUCAGCAACAGCAAUUUGCACCUCCGCCAGGACCACCACCACAGCAAGGAGACACAGUUCCUCAACAACCACUACCAUCACAGCAACAGAAAACAACACAACCAAAUCCACAAGUAGAAGCCGAAAAAAUCAAACUAUGGACUUCAAUCGUGAAUUUCUGCAGAAAAGCAAUUGGUUGCGUUGAGAAAACUGAGACUCUACGAGAAAAACGAGAAGAGCUUGAACAAAAAAAACGAGAAGCAGAAGCUCAAGCAAUGAAUCACUAUGCCUCUAAUGAAAUGACUAGUACAUAA